CAGGGAAAUGGUAUAAAACCUAAGAGUUGCUGCACAGGGAUCAGCUGGAUCAGCUGGAUCAGCAAAAGAGAUGGAGUUCAGAACACAGCUUGUGAAUAGGGGAGACUCAAAGAGUUACAAUUCUGGGUUUGAAACAAACACACCUACUGAUGUUUAUGGUCAGGUCACCCUCUUGCCCCUCUCUCCACUCGCCCGUCUCUAUAUCUAUGCCCUGCAUGGGUGUGCGUGUGAAGUGGCGUUCACUGCUGCCUGGAACUGGUACUACACUCGUGACCAACGGCUACCUGGUUCCACCAGUCUGUGGGCACUCCUCAUCUACAGCUCUGCCAUCUUCCUCAUGGAGUUCAUGAGUGCAAGGCUGCAUCAGAGACACUGCCCUCUACUGCUCAGAGCAACUGUUUACACCCUGUUCAUAUACCUGUGGGAGUUUAGCUGGGGGUUCCUGCUGAGGUUGUUGGAGGCAUGUCCCUGGGACUACUCAGAUUUCAAAUAUAAUCUAAUAGGACUGGUGACGCUGGAGUACGCUGUGCCUUGGGCCUUUGCUGCUCUUCUAGCUGAGAAACAUGUUAUUGGGAACACCCUGAAGAUACGACUAAAUGCGGAAUCCAUACUGUCUAGGUGAUGAGGCAUGUUGCCCAUGCGCUCCAAUCAGAGAUCCAGUGCAGACUUGGUAUUUACUUUACUGUUAGAAGUAUCACAGUGAUAAAUUCAGUACUUUUCAAAUGAGUGGCAGCUGCUGACUAGAUAGUGUCAGUCAACACUGAAGUUAAAGGGCUAAUACUAUGACACUAGAUGCCUUACUUGAGAGACAAAUGGGAAAAUGUUUGACAUACACAGUUUUGUCAAAGUUACUGAAGUGCAUGUUGAUUUUUAAAUCGGCCAUAACUUCCUCUGUAAACUUUGUUUAUAUUUGUUUCAAAUGGGUACAUUUCUACAGAUUCUUCACAAACUCUGCACAAUUAAAUGAGACGUAAACAAACUUAUUAGAGUGUUUUUAUGUGAAACCAUUAACGGGAGAGAAACUUACCAACUUCUUCACAGUGGCAGUGAUAGGAACCAGAGGUCAUAAUGUCUACAAUGCAAAUAUAGUAAUUCAACUUGCUGUCUUAAACAGGGGUUCUCAAUGUUUUCCACUCCAAGGCCCACCUGUUCAUACAUACAAAGCAUAGAAAAUCAACUUUUUAAAUAAACCUCUGUAAGGGGCCAGCCUGCAUCUCCAGCCGCCAGCAGAGGGUGACAGUGGCAAGGCACCACGAGUUCAGGGAACUCCAAUUCCCAGAAGCCCUAGGGUAAACGGGCACACCUGUGGACUCCUCUACUUAAGGCUGUGGCAAACAGGAGC